AUGGCAACCCGACUGUAUCGCCACCUUCAACAGCACCCGACCCGCAUGAUGGCUUCAAUCUCAGCAGCAACCAAACCACCUAUAACGUCCGGCAGAAUCCCCGUAAUUUAUUCAAAUGCAGAAUCCAGACGGCUUCUCAUGACUUCGCCCAGCCCCCAAAUUGGUCCGCUAGCUCCGCAGACUCUGGUCCUGCCGCCACCUCAUUGUCGCCUUGAUGGUCGAUAUACGUCCCUGGUCCCCUUGAAGCCCGAACACUCAGCUUCCCUAUUCAAGCACCUAGGCGGAGUUCAAAAUGAUCAUCUGUGGAGAUACAUGUUUUCCGGAGGAUAUGGAGAGGAAGCACAGUUCCAAAAGGCCAUAGCCGACUGGAGUCAAUCCUCGGAUCCCCUCUACUUCUCCGUCAUGUCGGGCCCUCGUUCCGAUCCUCUUGCUCAGCCGGCCGGUUUGAUCUCCUUGAUGUCCAUCGUGCCGAGCCAUCGCCGGAUCGAAAUCGGCUGCAUAACCUUUGGCAGCCUGCUCCAGCGAUCCACGGCGGCGACGGAAGCCUGCUUUCUUCUUAUGCAACACGCCUUUGAGGAUCUGGGCAACUCUCGGGUCGAGUGGAAGGCUGAUGAGCUCAAUAAGCCUAGCCUGGCAGCUGCGGAGCGGCUAGGAUUCUCCUUUGAGGGAGUAUUCCGGAAACAUAUGGUCAUCAAGGGCCGAUACCGAGAUACCGCCUGGUAUAGUACCACAGAAGAUGAAUGGACGCGUCUGAAACAGGGGUUCGAUGAUUGGCUGGCUGAUGAUAAUUUCGACUCAAAAGGGCAGCAACGACGGAGUCUUGGCCAAUGCCGAAGCACGUAG